AUGCAGUCAACGACACGAACAAUGCGCACCCUGCGCCCAGGCUUCUUCGUCCGAACAUUCGCGACUUCCACACCCGCCAGAUCACGAUGGUCAACAGGACCCGCUCCACCACGACUUCCCAAAGAAGAGCAAGAGAUCUUUGAGCGAUUACAACAGCAAUCAACAGGCGCAUUCAGUCAACCCAAACCAGACCCCAAAACAACAAACAGCGAAAAGUUAGAAGAGUCGGGCGCAAGCACCACCGCAUCCAAAUCAUCAGAAGCAGACAAGAUGCUAGAACAAUUACGCGCACGAGCUCAAGUAGCAGCAAAAGGCGAUGGCGAAGAGCUACAUCCAAACAUUCGACGAGGCGCUGCUCCAGAAUUCGAAGGCGAAGUCAAUCCACAGACGGGCGAAGUAGGAGGGCCGAAGAAUGAUCCAUUACGAUGGAAGGGCGACUGGAGUUACAAUGGCAGGGUCACAGAUUUCUGA